GCCACAGGCUGUGUCGGGUGUUGUGAAUGUGCGGUGCAGAUAGUUUGUAACUGGAGUGACGUUUACUAAUAUGUGACAAUGGCGUCUGUCAAAGUAGCAGUACGGGUUCGUCCCUUCAAUCAAAGGGAGAUUGAUAUGGACGCCAAACUCAUAAUUCAAAUGGAUGGAAAGAAAACAAGAAUUCUGAACUCUAAGAUUGUUAAUGGAAAAGACGGUGAUUUUGGACGUGAGAGGUACAAGGAUUUCACUUUUGAUUAUUCUUAUUGGUCAUUUGACUCAUCUGAUGCCCACUACGUUUCUCAGAAAAAGGUCUUCGAAGACUUGGGUACAGAUGUUAUUGAAAGUGCCUUUGAAGGCUAUAAUGCUUGUGUAUUUGCAUAUGGGCAAACAGGCAGUGGAAAAACAUUUACAAUGAUGGGAUCUCCGGAAAACCAAGGACUUAUUCCACGUAUAUGCAAGACAUUGUUUUCACGAAUUCAAGCAGGAAAGGAGCAGGGUACCAGCUAUCGGACUGAAGUUUCGUACCUUGAGAUUUAUAAUGAACGGGUUAAGGACUUGCUAAGGAAGGAUGCUACGCAUACUCUCCGUGUUCGUGAACAUCCUAAGCUUGGACCAUACGUUCAGGACCUUUCACGACAUUUUGUGUCAGAUUAUUCAGAUAUUCAGGAGCUUAUGAUGCGAGGUAACAGUCAACGCACAACAGCAUCCACAAACAUGAACGAUGUAAGCAGUCGUAGUCACGCAAUCUUCACCAUUAUGUUUGUUCAGGCAGGGUUUUCAAACAACAUGCCGAGUGAAACUGGUUCUAAAGUUCAUCUUGUUGAUUUAGCUGGCAGUGAGAGAGCUGAUACCAGCGGAGCCACUGGACAACGCCUGAAAGAAGGCGCUCAUAUUAACAAAUCACUAGUGACUCUGGGCUCUGUAAUUUCAGCCUUAGCUGAACACUCAUCUAAUGAUUCAAAGUCAACUGGGAGAAAUGUAUUUAUUCCUUACCGUGACUCUGUUCUGACAUGGUUACUUAAAGAUAGUUUAGGUGGAAACUCCAAGACCAUAAUGAUAGCAGCUGUGUCCCCAGCAGACUGCAACUAUGGUGAAACUCUGAGUACAUUACGGUAUGCUAACCGUGCUAAGAAUAUCAUUAAUAAACCAACAAUCAAUGAAGAUCCUCAUGUGAAACUGAUUCGAGAAUUACGGGACGAAAUCACAAAAUUACGUGCUCUUCUUGGAAAUGAAUAUACAACUGAAUCGCAACCACAGGUAUUAGCACAGCUUCACCAAAAAGAAGUACAGGAGAAGGUGCUGACAGAAGAAUGGGCGGAAAAAUGGCGUGAAACACAAAAGAUCCUUCAAGAGCAGAAAGCACUUGGUUUAAGAAAGUCUGGUCUGGGAGUUGUCCUUGAUUCUGAUAUGCCUCAUCUUGUUGGCAUUGAUGAUAAUGUUCUUAGCACAGGUGUCACGUUGUAUCACUUAAAGGAGGGUGAGACAUUAAUUGGUACGGAGGAUGCACCCACGCAGCAAGAUAUUGUUCUGGAUGGAGUUGGGGUUGAAGCAGAACACUGCAGUGUUCAGCUGAAGGAUGGUGUAGCUACUCUCAUUCCAAAGCAUUCAGCGCAGUGCUGGGUCAACACAGUUCUGGUUGACAAACCAACUAGACUGUCGCAGGGUUGUAUCAUUGUUUUGGGGCGUAACAUUAUGUUUCGAUACAACGAUCCAGCAGAAGCAGCUAAGUUACGGAAGGAAGGAAGUCGUUCUCAUCUCAGCUUAUCGUGUCUGUCUUUGCUAAGCCGUUCAACUACAGAGCUUGCUUGGUCAACUGAGAAUCUCAGUGCUUCCACGGAAGAUGGAGAACGGGUUGAGGAACUUGAAAUGCAGAGAGUUACCCUUCAAAAAGAAAAAGAAGCAUUUAAGAAAGAACAGGCUGAACGUGAACAAGACUGGGAGCGUGAGCAGCGACGUAAGAGAGAGGCACUUGAGGCAGCCCAGAAGGCAUUAGAGGAGGAACGUCAACAAAUGGAGCAGGAUUAUGAACAACAACGUCGGAAGUUGGCAGAAGAUUGGCAGCGGCUAGAACAACACCAACAGGAUGACUUAGCUGUUCUUAAGCAGAAGGAGGCAGAAUUAUGUAGGAAACGUGAAGCCCUAGAAGCAGAGAGAGCAUUUUCAAUGUCUCAGGUUGAGAGUGAAGGUAAAAUUGUGUCAGCUCUUCGGGAAGAGCUAAUACGCCAACGCAGUGAACUGGAGACUGAAGUGAUACGGCUUCUCACAAACUGCUUCAAAGAUAACAAUCUAUCAAAGGAUAAGGUGUUGGCAGUUGCACAGAAGCUGUUGGACCAAUGGCCAGAUGCUGAAAGCUCAACUCCUAAUUCUUCCAGCCCUGACUCAUGGGCUAGUUUGGGGAUUGAUUCAUCUGAGCCCACUCUGGAGUACGUUAGAGAUCUUGUCAACACAUACCACCAGGAAUUGGGCACUCUUGAAACAGAACUACAGAAAAGGCUGCAGGCAAUGAGUGAACACCAUUCUAGAGUUGAAUCUAUUAACAAUGAGCUUCAAGAAAUGUGCUCAAAGAUGCAGGGAGGAUCAAAAGAAUUUGAAAAAAUGAAGACAUGUUUGGCCCAAAGAACACAGGAGCAGUUACAAGAGAUAAUGCUACGGAAACAGUCAUUAUCACUGGAUCUGAAAAGGGCCACAGUAGUCUCUCCAUCUAUACCUUCUACUGAAGAGACAGUGCUACCCACAUUGUCAAGCUCAGUAGGCACUGGAGACACAUUUCACACAGCAACUUCACCAUGCUCAGAGAAGAAUGACAAUGAGUACCAGCCAGUCAGCAACAACUCCACCAGCUCUUUUGAGCAUGUGUCCCCACUAACCGAGUGUCGUGCAAGUCCAUAUCACAACAACAAGUUGAACAAAAAUGGUAUAAAUUCCGUCUCACAUGGCAUAGGGGCUGUGCAGAUGAUGCAACAGUUGUGUGAACGGAUGGGACAGCAAAAGAUGCUCAUUAUCAGAACACUGGAGGGUGAAAACUGCAGCAAGUCUGAGCUGAAUCAGCAGAUCGCAGUAUUGCAGGAACUGAAGCGGCAAUAUGUUAAACUAGAAAUGGCUCUGGAGCAUCAAACCCAGGGAGACAUCACAGUUAGCAGUGAUGAGUCUGAAGAUCUGUCAACAUCAGCUGAUGAUGGGUUAUCUGAGAACUUGAGUGCGAGCUUGAGGAUAGAUACUCACAGUUAUCAGGAAGACAGUCCAAGACGCAGAGCUUCGCAGAACAUACAUAAGAGAAUUCUUCAUGGCCGACUUGGAUCGCCUGUGAGUCCAAUCCUCUAUACUUCAAAUUCUAGUCAGGGAGAUGCAGAUAGUCUUUCUGCUUACAGUCUCAGCAUCCCUUCCCCCAUAUCUGAUGGCUGUGCAAGUUGGGUGCAGAUACCAUCCUACGUUUUGCGAGGUGCUGGAUCCUUUACUCACUAUGAGUAUGUGGUUCGAGUUUGUGUGGGUGAGGACAGGUGGACAAUUCUGAGACGUUACAAACGCUUCAGAGAGUUACAUCAGCGUAUGUCUGCAAAAUAUGGACCGAAGGUAGAAGCAUUGCCAUUUCCUCCACGCCGCUUCUUCUCAAAAAAAUCAGAAUCUGUGGCUCGACUGCGUCGUGUCCAAUUGGAGACAUAUCUACGGCAGCUGCUUGAAGUAUGUUCCACAAUAGAAAGUUGUCCUUUAUUCUCUUGCGUACAGAAUCCAACUCGACUUGCACUUCUCGAGUUUUCUUCUUUUUUCCGGAAAGGUGUGUUUGAAACAGGGAAGUUUGGCACAAGUUAAUGCCAUUUUGUAAUGGAGAGCAAGCUCUUUCUGGACUAAUGAAGUGUGAUACAUGUUAUUAAGUAAGCUGUGUAAUAAUUUAUUGCAAGCCAGCUACUUAUGCUGCUCUUGUGCAACUGUUAUUUUUCAGAAUUUUGUUCUGAAAGUCUUUACUGGUUUUGUUUGACGACACACUCAGCUGUUUAAUGAGAUGCAUAUCUGAAAAGAGUAUGUAAAUGAAGAAUAAUAUAUGUAAAGAAUGGUUGAGCAUGGAGCUUAGUAUUUUGAUGGCAGAUCAUAUUUCCAUGACAAAAGUGUUUUGUAAUUUUUUAACAGUGUAGUACACACAGAGAAUAGCAAUAUUUAAUUUUUGUUGAUAUUUACUUUUCUACAGUAUUCAGUGAGGUUUCUCAUUUCUUCUCUUCUUUUAAUGAUGCAGACAAGCUCAUAUUUUUAUAAAUCACAGAUGAAUAUGUAAUGGCCUGUAAGAUGCAAACUGCUUAUACCUAUUUACUUUAUUUUAUGGUUUAUCUAAAUAAAGUUUUGUGUAAACAAGCUAUUCUGUAAGUGAUAUGAAAAUACUAUAAUCUGUUUAAUUUCCAAAUGUAUCUGAAUUGAAGAGUGGUAAUCAUGUGAGUCUCAAUAAUAAAAGGAGAUGUUAAAAAAAUGUAAGAAGGGAGGAAGAUAAGUGGCUACAAUAUUUUGGAUUUCAUUAUUAUUAUCCUGCAGAUAAAAUUUCUCUGAUUUUGCCAAGUUGUGAAAUAUUAUACAAGUUGAAGUAAUUGUAGAAACUGUUCAAUUUCAAGAAACUGUGCUCAAUAAUAUUUAGUGUACAAUUAUUUCUACAAUAUUUUCUUCAUGAUAUGGGAUUAAUUUGAUUAAAAUACUGCUUUAAUGAAGCUUUUAGUAAUUCUAUAAUUAUAAUGAGCAUCUUCUUUGUAUAUCUGCACACGAAUAUUUUGCCCCAGUUUCUCUAUGUAAACAUUGUAAUGGUUUUCCUCUUUUUGUCAUCACAUUAUUCAUCUUCACCCUUUCCUGUUAGUCUUACUCCUUUAUGUCUUUCAAGUAAUUUAUGUUGAGACUAAUCUGCCAAAAGCAUUAUAUAAAGAGACGUUUGAGUGAUUUAGUGUUACUCAAUUCCCUGUCUUACAACCUGUUUGGCAGUUCUGUACAUGAUACCUCAUAGAGAUAUCUUGCAAUGUGUAUCCAAAAUAACUUGUUGAUCUCUCUCAUUGAGAGAUGCAAUAGUAGUUAACACAGAUGAAAUUGGACCCCUAUUACUUAAAAGAUAUUUGUAACCUAUAACAUAGUCAUGUUAUCAAAAUGAGUAUGAAAGGUAUUCAGUACUAUUCUUAUCAUUAUUAUUUUAAUUGUAAGAUACAAACUCACUCUUUGUACAUUUGCUGAUAAGCCGUGUUUCUGAAACUUUAGAAUACAACACUGGCUUCAUCAUCAUCAUUAUUUCCUCCUCCUCCUCCUCCUUCUCCUCCUCCCCCUGUUUUGGAGGGGUGGUGGGUUUAUGAUGUAUGGAUGUGAAAGAAUUGUUGUCAAUAACAAUUAUUCUGUGUUACUGAGACAAAUGCAUUCUUGUAGGAGUUAUUAAAAAAUGAAUGCAAACAAUCCUUGAGAACUGUAAGCUGUGUCUUCAAUUUUUUGUUUUACGUUGUUAAUGUAGGAAACAAUAAGUACUGAGUUAUGUUCACCAUUUUUUUCGUGAAAAUUAUUUGCAAAUGCAUUGAUUUUGCACUAAAAAAAAUUAAGAAUGGAUAUAAAUUAUAUUUAAAUAUCACUUGUCUAAUGACUAUGCAUGGAUUGUGAAUUGUUGAUAUUCACCAUUCAUUAGCUUUCCAAAUCAUUUGUCAACCCUGCUGUUUGCAUUGUUCUUCAUUUUCUCUUUACAUUUUGAAGAAGCGAUCAGUAUGAAAAAAUUACAUCGAGCAUUCACAGAUUUAUGUUUCUCUUUGGGUCAAUUACGGUCCUUAAAGCAAUUUUUACUUGCAAUCUUGAUUUUUUGUGUUAUUUGGACAAUAUUGUCUUAAGUGUAGUGAAUUUGCACUGGGUUUAUUCCUAUAUGGAAGUUACCUGGUUCAAACUCUGUCUGAAUGAAGAGUGUGCCAUUUUCUUGUUAAAAUAAAAAAGUUGCACAGUAAAUGGAAAUUAGUUUGGCUGUUCCUCAUAUAAACUGAGUAGUUUGUGUAAUAUGACAGGAAGAUGCUUCUUCUUUCUUACAUAAUUUGGACCUAUGCUGUUGGUGUUAUUGUGGAAAAUUCUCCCUCUGUUUAUUGUUCAUUGCAGAAGAGAUGACAAGUAAUAAACUAAAUAACAGUAGAAAUUUAUCUCAAAAAAUAUUUAAACUUAAAUGUUUUUGAUAAUGUUCAGAAAUUAAUGGGAAAAGGAAGUGAUGAAUCAACAGAAAAUUCUCUCCAGAAAACUAUAAAGUUAUGACACAAUUGGUGGCUAGUGCUUUCCUUCAGGACAAAUGUCUGUACUGCAAAUAGACACUACUACAUACACUAUCCUAGCUUUUGGACCUAACAGUUCCUUCCUUCUGGAGCAGAGAGGGAUAUAUUGGGAAAGGUUAAAAAUGAAAUCUAUCCUCCCCGAGGGAGGAACUGUUAGUUCUCAAAGUAAGGAUACUGUAUCUCUUCUGGCACUACUGACAUUUCUUGUGAAAGUACUUACCACAAGUUCUGUCUGAAAAGAAGUGAUAUGGCAGAAAGCAGGAUGUGAGGCACAAUAAAACAUUUAGUUCCAUAGUUCUCAGAAGGACAUAUUUAAAUAUGAUGGUGUAGAAGAGUAAUUAGUAAAUAAUGCAGAUCUUUCAGGAAGUUUCCAUCUCAGAAGGGAUGCUUAUUGAUAAAUUAUCUCCAAAUUGUGUGAAGGAAAUAAAAUUGUUACCAGGAGUAUAGAUAUAGAUAAAAAAGAAAUUACAAGAGGAAGGAAUGAAGAGGUUAUAUUCACAGGAAAUAGCGUAGAGCAUAGAGAGGAGAGGAGAAUAGAUUCACAAUGAAGGGAGGCUGAAAGAGGAUAUCAAUUAUUGUAUUUCCAAAAGUAAGCUUAAACCAAUAUGCAGUGAAUUCGGAGUAGAUGUGUGUAAAAAAAAAUAUUCUUAAUGCAGGAGAAAGUAUAGGUUUUACAUAUUGUUACACUGUAAUAGGACAUCUUUCUUCUUACAUUACAAUGCUUAAUUGAUCUAAACUAUUAUUGUUUUCCUACUCACCAUUCACUCUUAAAGACUGCCAACACUGCAUUUCCUUUUUCUUUGCCUCAUUGCAUUCAUUAUUUAUUUAUUCU